AUGCCCACAACACGGAGGUCCGCCAGCGCCCAGGGUGCAGCAGGCAAGCAAUCAAAGCUAAGCUUUACGCACCGCGUUACAAAGCCCGUCGCGCCGGCCGGCAAGAAGAAGCUUGUCUCUUCACCGCUGGUGAAAGAGCUGCCUUCGGAGAAGAAACUAGACCCAGAGCCCGAGAUCCAGAUAGAACAGGAGGAGGAGUUUGAGAUACCAGCCCCGGUCGAGGCCGUCAAGGAGAAAUCAGAAGCUGAGAUCAAAGCCGAGAAGAUCACCAGUGCGCAAAUCAGAAAGUAUUGGAAGGGAGUAGAGGCACAGAGAUUAGCACCAAGGGUGCAUCAAGAGGAUCUCGAUGUGGGCGAGAAGGUACUGAGAUACUUUGACGUUAGCUCACAAUACGGACCAUGUAUUGGUAGUUCACGGAAGAGAAGGUGGAUGCGCGCCCAGCGUCUGGGACUGAACCCUCCGAUUGAGGCGCUUGCUGUUCUAGUACACGAGGAAGCUGCUGGCAAAGACGAGGGCAGCCAGAGAGCAUACAUUGAUGAGAUCAUGAACUCAACAGCGAUAGGAGCCGGCAGUUCUUGA